AUGCCAAAGGAUAUUUCUACUCUUGCUGUACCGGAAUCAAAAUUACAGCUGCUACUCACGGCAACUCCGUUCCUCGGAACAAGUUUGGAGACUCUAAAAACAAGGAUACUCUCGGAUAAUUUUGCAGCUUUCAAAGUUGAUCAACUGAAAGAAAUGAUUAAAUUCCUGAGAACGCAUGCUGGUAGGCGGGAUUUAGCACUUUCUGGCAACAAAUCGGAUCUUGUUGCUCGACUUUCCGUAGCCUUUUUUCAACCACCAGUACAAACCUCUUCUUCAUCUACAGCUUCUUCAUCUAACACCUCACCGAGCACAUCAUCAAAAACAACCCCUCAACCUAAACCAUCCUCCUCUUCUAAAUCAAAAAUCACAAACAUGAGUCCGCUGAACUCUCUCAACCUACAAGUCAUGAGAAAGGAAGAGAAUACGUUAAUGGAACUCUUUAAGCACGACAUGUCGAUAGGAGGGAGAAUAGACCCACACCAACAUGGUGAACGAUUUUUAUAUAUCAAAGUAUUUAAAAACGAAAAUGCAAAUUUUUCAAUGGAUUUUACAUUGUCACAAGAAGAAUUUACCAAACUGACACCAACAGAGAAUUACCAAAUUCAUAUUCAUUAUUUUUCACAUGAAAUGAAGCCUAAAAAUUGGAGCACAGAAUAUUCGAUUAUUAUGAAUGGAAUCCAUAAAUUAGAACCUCCAGCGAUAAAUAGGAAAAUUGCAAAGGGUAUAAAAAAAGAAGUACUAAUUGUUUCCACACCCUUUGUUGUAAAAAAGACAUCAAAUAGUAUCAGGUAA